AUGGAGCUCUCGGCGGUCGAGGUGCUGCAGAACGAGGCGACGCCUCUCACUGGAGAUGUCCUGGACGUGCCUUCGGCCCCCCAGGAGCCCAGCCCUGCCCAGGCUGAAAAGGAAGGCCCCUGGAGCGCCUGCAAUAAAGUUUUGAUCGGAAAGUGCAAACUGUGGAUGGCUAUCACCUCUAUUUUCGUAGCUUUCAUUAUACUGAUCAUCAUAAGCUUAUGUCUUAUUGGAGUAACUUACAUCGAUGAAGAUGAAAAUGAAAUACCUGAAUUAUCCUCCAAUAAAACAUUCUUGAUUAUGCUAAAGAUUCCAGAUGCUUGUGCAACUGAAGAGGACCUUCCACACCUGCUCACUGAAAGGCUCACAGGUGCAUACAGUUCAUCACCAUUGCUGAGUCGUUACUUUACUUCAGUUGAAACAGUGGACUUCAGUAGUGGAAAUGCCACGAUAACUUACCACCUGCAGUUUGGGGUUCCAUCGGGAGACGACCGUUUCAUGGAGUAUGUGAUGAGUGAGGAGGUGGUGCUGAACAUCUUGCAGCAAGAUUUCCAUGACCAGAAUGUGCCUGGCUGUGAGACCCUGGGACCUGCGUCCAUCUUGCCUGACGAUAAGUUGAGCUCAACCGGAAGCCUGACUUAGUGAAUGAAAUGUUGGAGGUCGGUCUGUGACUGAAAGCAGAAUUCUGCUGCGGUUUGGAGACCAGAAUUCCUUUCAUUUUACUCUGUGAAGGAUGCAGAAGGACUCGAGGAUAACUGUCCUUUUCUUCGUGAUUCUAACAGCUGCCCAGCCGGGCUCUGUGUCUGGAAAAAGAGCAUCCAGCAGGCGUGUGCUGCCUCGGCUGGCACCAGUCUUGGCAAAGGCAGGAAGCAUCAUGGCGGAGGGGGGGCGGGGGAUG